UUUUCAUUUCUCGGCUACGGUUACUUUCUCAAAAAACACUCAACUUCAACUAAUCGACAAUCUUUGAAGCCGGGUCUUUUAAUUCAUAAUUUUAAAAGCAUAUUUUGAUUAUUUUAACGUAUCUGUGUCUUAGUUAGAGCUCUAAGUUUAAAAUAAGCUAGAUUAUAAUUAAAAUGAGUUUUUGGCCAAAAAUGAGGCGAGCUGCAGCAAUGGUAGUCGGUGCUGGCGGUGGGACAGUCGUUUACUGGUACGCUUCGCAAACAAUAAAUGAACGCAAGGCGUUUAACUCCUGGACUACAAAUUUUAAACCAUCCGAGUAUAGUAAGUGGGACUACAACUGGGAUCACCGAGAACCGAAAAGUCUGGUAGAACCCAUAAGUGAAAUGGCUAAUCCUGCUGUUCAAAAUCGAUUUAACGAAAAAUUGGACAAAAAAAGAGCCAAAGUAACGCGGCACCUAAUUUUGGUACGUCACGGUCAGUACAAUAUGGAGGGCAAAACCGAUGCAGAACGUUAUUUAACGGAGAUAGGACGUGAACAAGCCGCGCACAGCGGAGAACGGCUCAAGCAUUUGGGUAUUAAAUUCGAUUGUAUCGUCCGCUCAACAAUGACUCGAGCGCAGGAGACUGCCAAGAUAAUGUCGUUAUCGUUGCCAGAGUUAAAACUGCACGAUGAUGCAAUGCUGGAAGAGGGCGCCCCGGCUCCUCCAGAACCACCCGUCGGUCACUGGCGGCCGGAAAUUUCGCAGUUCUUUGAAGACGGAGCACGCAUUGAAGCAGCAUUUCGUAAGUAUUUCCAUCGGGCGGACGGUCAGGAAAAACAAGAUACCUACACUUUAGUCGUGUGCCAUGCCAACGUAAUUCGGUACUUCGUCUGUCGAGCUUUGCAAUUCCCGCCAGAAGCCUGGCUACGAAUUUCGCUUGGUCAUGCCUCGCUUACCUGGAUAUCAAUCAUGGAUGAUGGCCGGGUGACAUUGCGUACUCUGGGAGAAACUGGGCAUCUUCCACGUGAGUUGCUUACCAGAUGAGGUGCUCGUUAUUGCGCGUUUGAUAUAGUAUUAGCUGUACGAUGCAGGUCUGGCGAUUUGGCCAUUAUUGUUACGGUGAACACAUUCAAAUGAUUAUAGUGUUCGAGUAUUCCCGUAUGAAGUGGGAUGUAAGCAAUUUUGAAUAAAGUGUACUUUGCAAUUUUAAAAGGAA